AUGCCGGUGGCUGCUUCCGCUGUCUACUUCUUGAACCUCCGCGGAGACGUUCUCAUCAAUCGUCUUUAUCGCGACGAUGUUGGGGGAAAUAUGGUUGAUGCUUUUCGGACGCAUAUAAUGCAAACAAAAGAACUUGGUACCUGUCCUGUGAAGCAGAUCGGUGGUUGUUCUUUCUUUUACAUGAGGAUAAGCAAUGUCUACAUUGUGAUUGUUGUCAGCACCAAUGCUAAUGUAGCUUGUGCUUUCAAGUUUGUAGUGGAGGCUGUUGCAUUAUUCAAAUCAUAUUUUGGCGGCGCCUUCGACGAGGAUGCAAUUCGCAACAAUUUUGUACUCAUUUAUGAGCUUCUAGAUGAAAUCAUGGACUUUGGUUAUCCACAAAACCUUUCACCAGAGAUCUUAAAGCUUUAUAUCACUCAAGAAGGAGUCCGAUCCCCGUUUUCAUCCAAGGCAUCAGAGAGACCUGUUCCAAAUGCGACGUUACAAGUUACCGGUGCUGUUGGUUGGCGGAGAGAAGGCCUUGUAUACAAAAAGAAUGAGGUCUUCCUAGAUAUUGUGGAGAGUGUGAAUCUUCUUAUGUCGUCAAAAGGUGUUGUUCUGCGUUGUGAUGUAACGGGGAAGAUUCUUAUGAAGUGCUUUCUUUCUGGAAUGCCUGAUUUGAAGUUGGGUUUGAAUGACAAGAUUGGCCUUGAGAAAGAGUCACAACUUAAAUCACGUCCUACUAAAAGUGGCAAAACUAUUGAGCUUGAUGACGUCACUUUCCAUCAAUGUGUAAAUUUGACGAGGUUCAACUCGGAGAAGACUGUUAGUUUUGUGCCUCCAGAUGGUGAAUUUGAACUAAUGAAGUAUCGUAUCACUGAGGGUGUUAAUCUUCCCUUCAAAGUAUUGCCAACCAUCAAGGAACUUGGUCGAACACGGAUGGAAGUAAAUGUUAAGGUAAAGAGUGUCUUUGGUGCAAAGAUGUUUGCUCUAGGAGUCGUUAUCAAAAUUCCCGUGCCAAAACAAACAGCUAAAACGAGUUUCACAGUCACAUCUGGUCGAGCAAAAUAUAAUGCAGCUAUUGAUUGUUUGGUUUGGAAAAUAAGAAAAUUUCCUGGGCAAACUGAGCCAACUCUCAGUGCAGAAAUUGAACUUAUCUCCACGAUGACUGAAAAGAAAUCAUGGACUAGACCACCAAUUCAGAUGGAGUUUCAGGUUCCCAUGUUCACAGCAUCUGGCUUACGAGUCCGAUUUCUUAAGGUGUGGGAAAAGAGUGGCUACAACACUGUUGAGUGGGUUCGCUAUAUUACAAAGGCCGGAUCAUACGAGAUUAGGUGCUAG